AUGGCAUCGGUAGCGUUCAUGUACCACUCGGGUGCAUUUAAUUUCAAGUAUUUCUCAGACGCCCAUACGCGGCUCAUCUCCGAAUGCUGGGGACCCGAGGGCCUGGAAAGCUGGGAAGUCACGCAGUUCGAGUCUGGUCUGCCUUAUAUGGCGCAGGUGCUUCUGAAGUUUGAGUCGAUGAAUAAAUUGGAAAAGGCAUUGGCGGGCAACAACUCGAUGAGAGUUUUCAAUGACAUUCCUUGUUUUACCACUGGUCAGCCUCAUAUCAUGAAAGGAACAAUCAGGGCGUCACACAAGACCACACUCAAGGAAAAGAAGAUUUUCGGGGAGUAG